GCGGCUCCCUUCUGCUGAGGUGUGUUUACCUUCACUCUGCGGCGGAGUUUGUCUGUUUUCUGGGUUUUUCUGUUGAUGGAGCAGCCGAGGCGGCUCCAGCGGACAGCUAGGUGGUUGCCAUGGAGCCGGCCUGGAGGCAGCAGGGCAGGGGGCGGGGCAGAGGUCAGGAUGCUGCAGGUGAGAGGCCCCGCCCCCAGCAGAAGGACAGGCCAGGUGUCUCUGCAGGACGAGGAGCAAAGACCAAGACAAACCCGUCUCCUGAACCUGCUAAAGCUGUAGGCGAGGCGGUCCAGUCCAAGUUUGAGGAGAUUCGGAGGUCCAACCAGGCUGCAGCUAAGCGCCUGGUGGAGAGCCACGUCAGCUCCUCUUCCUCUGAUGAAGAAAACGAUGAUGCUGGAGACAGACAGAGGGGGAAGGUCCUGGAGUCCACCUUCACCACCUACACCAGCCAGACCGGUGGCGACGCCUCGGGUCUGCACAGAACCAAUCAGUACCUCAGUGACCUGUUCCAGUCCGGUGCGCUAACGUGUUUGAUCUGCAUCGCCUCGGUCAGGAGGACGCAGCAGGUGUGGAGCUGCUCCGGAUGCUUCACCCUCUUCCACCUGCCCUGCAUCCAGAAGUGGGCCAGAGACUCCGUCUUCCUCAUCUGCUCGGCCACCGAUGAAGACUUCGGACAGAAGCAGCAUCCCUGGCCCUGCCCAAAGUGCCGCACUGAGUACCCCCCCAGCGCCACCCCCAACAGGUACCUGUGCUACUGUGGGAAGCUCCAGGACCCUCCAGCCGACCCCUGGCUGGUCCCUCACUCCUGCGGCGCCGUCUGUCAGAAGGAGCUCAGACCCAGCUGUGGCCACGCCUGCCUGCUGCUCUGUCACCCCGGUCCGUGUCCUCCAUGUCCAAAGAUGGUCUCCGUCUCCUGCCUGUGUGGCCAAGCUAAGCCCCUCCCCCGUCGCUGUAGCAACAAGGCCUGGUCCUGCCAGCAGCCCUGUGGGAAGCUGCUGGCCUGUAAGCAGCACACCUGCUCCCAGACCUGCCACUCAGAGUGCCCCCCCUGCCCCAGAGUCAGCCUGCAGAGGUGUGUGUGCGGGAAGGAGGCGGCGGAGAGGCCGUGCGCCAGCCCCCGCUGGAGCUGUCAACAGGUGUGCGGAGCUCGCCUGUCCUGUGGGAACCACACCUGUGAGGAGGAGUGUCACGCCGGGGCCUGCCCUCCGUGCCCUCGUUCCGUCAGCAGAUCCUGCCCCUGUGGGAAAACCAAGUCGUCCCUGCCGUGCACUGAGGAGGUCCCGCCCUGCGGGGACACCUGCGACCGCCGCCUGUCCUGUCAGAAACACACCUGUUCCAUGAGGUGCCACCGGGGGAGCUGUGAGACGUGCAGACAGGAGGUGGAGAAGGAGUGCCGCUGCGGGCGCUACCGCCGCCACAUGGCCUGCCAUAAGGAGUACCUGUGUGACUCCAAGUGUCCCAGAACCAGGAACUGCCAGCGGCACCAGUGCAGGAGGAAGUGUUGCCCAGGUAACUGCCCCCCCUGCGAUCAGAUCUGCGGGCGGACGCUGGGCUGCCGGAACCACAAGUGUCCCUCCGUCUGUCACCAAGGAAGCUGCUACCCGUGCCCAGAGACGGUGGAGGUCCCCUGUACCUGCGGCUCCACGGUUCUGGUGGUUCCGUGCGGCCGGGAGAGGAGCACCAAACCCCCCCGCUGCAAGGAGCCCUGCAGGUCCCCCCCCUCCUGCCACCACCCGACACGGGAGCCCCACCGCUGCCACCCGGGCCCCUGCCCCCCCUGCAAACAGCUCUGCUCGCUGCCUCUUCCAGGCUGCAGCCACAGCUGUCCUCAGCCCUGCCACGACCUGGUUCUGGUCCGGUCCCAGCAGGUCCAGCUGGCCGGUCCGUGGGAGCAGCCAUCAGAACCGGCGUUUGUGAAGAAGGCUCUGCCGUGUCCGCCCUGCCAGGUCCCCAUCCCCACGUCCUGCUUUGGAGAACAUGAGGUGAGCCCGGUGCCGUGUCAUCGCCAGGGUCGCUUCUCCUGCAAACGGCCCUGUGGGCGGCCGCUGGCCUGUGAGAACCACAGCUGCAGCAGGGAGUGUCACCUCGUUACUGACGGCAACAAGUGUGAGGUGUGUGAAGAGGGCUGCUCUAAGACCCGCCCACCUGGAUGCCCGCACCACUGCGCCCUCCCGUGUCAUCCUGGAGACUGCCCUGCCUGCAGCCAGAUGAUCCGCCAACGCUGCCACUGCAGGAUCAGCACGCUCUACCUGGAGUGCACGAAGGUGACAUCAGCUGAUGAGCAGACCAAGAUGAAGAUGGGCUCCUGCAACAACCAGUGUCCUAAAGAGCUGAGCUGCGGCCAUCGCUGUAAGCAGGUGUGUCAUCCAGGUGUGUGUGAGGAGAAAUGUCAGCAGAAGGUGAAGCUGCGCUGUCCCUGCAAGAGAAUCAAGAAGGAGGUGCUGUGUUCCCUCUCAGCUCAGACUGUCCUCCACUGUGAUGACGUCUGCAGAGACCAGCAGAGGAAAGUCAGCCAGGUGAAGGAGGCGGAGCAGAAGGCGGCUCUGGAGGAGGAGCAGAAGAAGCUCCAGGAGGAGCUGGAGGCCUUCGAGAAGCGCCAGCAGAGAGGAGGCCGCAGGGGGAAGAGGAGGGGCAGGAAGGAGGAGGUGGACGACGAGCAGGAGAGGGCCAGGAGGUGGUGGAGGAGGUGCACCGCCUUCGUCCUGGUUCCUCUGGGUGGCGCCGUGCUGUCGGCUGCUGCCUACUACCUGCUGAGCCAAAGCUGAAGCUCCGCAGGCUAACUGGGAGCUCUGGUUCUGCUGCUGAUUCCUUCAUUCGCUUCCUCUGCUCACAUCAACUGGUUUCCUGUUUGGACAAACUGGUUUCCUGUUUAGACGAACUGGUUUCCUGUUCAGACGAACUGGUUUCCUGUUUGGACAAACUGGUUUCCUGUUCAGACGAACUGGUUUACUGUUUAGACGAACUGGUUUCCUGUUUAGACGAACUGGUUUCCUGUUUAGACGAACUGGUUUCCUAUUCAGACGAACUGGUUUCCUGUUCAGACUAACUGGUUUCCUGUUUAGACUGACUGGUUUCCUGUUUAGUCUAACUGGUUUCCUGUUCACACAAACUGGUUUCCCGUUCAGACGAACUGGUUUCCUGUUUGGACAAACUGGUUUCCUGUUCAGACGAACUGGUUUCCUGUUCAGACGAACUGGUUUCCUGUUUGGACAAACUGGUUUCCUGUUCAGACAAACUGGUUUCCUGUUCAGACGAACUGGUUUACUGUUUAGACGAACUGGUUUCCUGUUUAGACGAACUGGUUUCCUAUUCAGACGAACUGGUUUCCUGUUCAGACUAACUGGUUUCCUGUUUAGACUGACUGGUUUCAUGUUUAGUCUAACUGGUUUCCUGUUCAGACGAACGCGUUUCCUGUUUAGCUGAACUGGUUUCCUGUUUAGCUGAACUGGUUUCCUGUUUAGUCAAACGGGUUUCCUGUUCAGACAAACUGGUUUCCUGUUCAGACAAACUGGUUUCCCGUUUAGAUGCUGUUUAGAUAAACUGGAUUUCCCGCUUAGAUGAACUGGUUUCGUCUGUUUAGAUGAACUUCCUUUCUUUAGACGUUUCCUUUGUUUUAUUUCCUCGUUUUUUACUCGGCUGAAUCUCCUGAGCAGAACAUCAGAGGUAAAGCUGAUAAAUUUUUUUCUGUAUGAUUUACAAUAGUUCUGUUUUUUUCUUUUAUUAAAGUGUUAAAGGAUGUUCUGAAGAUCCAGACCUGGUUAAAAAAAUCUGAUUUUUGUUUUCAGGAGUAAGUCCACUGGACCAAUCAGAACCUGCCGUUUCUUUUACCGAACAAAAAAAAAAUGUUUUUGGAUGUAAAAUCUUUUUCUUUCCUGUUUUUUCAAAGAUUUGAGAAAUAAAUCUUCAAAUAUUUCCUG